AUGCGCGAAAGACAUAAAAAAUUCGCGUGUGUGUGUGUGUGUUGUGUGUGUGUGUGUGUGUGUGUGUGUGUGUGUGUGUGUGUGUGUGUGUGUGUGUGUGUGUGUGUGUGUGUGUGUGUGUGUGUGUGUGUGUGUGUGUGUGUGUGUGUGUGUGUGUGUGUGUGUGUGUGUGUGUGUGUGUGUGUGUGUGUGUGUGUGUGGCUGCAGCAGCAGGUGGAACGGCGUGAGGCCAUGUCUCGCGCCGGAGCCCAGUUGUUGGCGGACGAGCUCGCACAGAUGGAGAGUCAAAUGACCCUGUUCAAGGAGCGAUUGGAAGACUUUGCUAGCAAACACCUGGAUAAGAUUCGAACCAAUCCCGAGUUUCGUGCGCAGUUUCAGCAAAUGUGCCUGCGCAUCGGCGUCGACCCCUUGGCUUCUCAAAAAGGCUUUUGGCAAAAGACCCUGGGCCUUGGAGACUUUUACUACAAACUUUCCGUGCAGGUCAUUGAAGUAUGCUACGCCACACGCGCCGUCAAUGGUGGCUUAAUCGAUAUGGAGGAUUUGCUAUCGCGCGUCCGCAAACGCCGUGGCUCCAAAGUGGCCGCCGUUAGCCGUGACGACAUUGUGCAGGCAGUUGAAAAGCUGCGAGUGUUGGGCAGCGGCUAUACGCUGCUGCAGCUUGGCUCGCGUACCAUUGUGCAGUCUGUACCGCUGGAGCUGAGCCAGGACCACAGCAUCGUCUUGCUUUUGGCCGAGGUAAACCGCAGUCGUUUCCAUCACCCAAGCCGAGCUCGCUUGACCAACAAUUGCCCGCCCCCCGCGCCAGCCAAAUGUGUCAUCUUUCUCACCGAGUACGUGAGACAGGAGCAACUGGUUCAGCAAGGCUUUGCCUGGGUGGAUGAGCAGGCCACUGCUGAAGUGGAUUACUGGUUUCCAGGCCUUUUGAUUCGCUAA